UCUUCUUCUUUUUGCUUUAAAAAAAUUUAUUCCUUUCUUCUUCUAUCUCCAUCACCAAAUCAUCAACUUACUCUUAUUUCAUAGAGCAAUUUUCUUCGACGAAAAAUUAUAUUAUAAAAUAUAUAAUUAUUGAAGCAAAAAUUCUAGUGCAGCACAAAGGAAUUCAAAAAUUGCUUUGGAUUACACAUUCAAAUCUCAGGUAUCUCUAACUCUGUCUACUCAUAAUUUAAACAGGAAAAAAAACAAACAGAGAUACACAAAACUUCUUGUACAAAAUGUGUGAUAUCAAGAAGGAAACUUUACUUAACAAAAACAAGGAAAUUGAAAGAACAGUAUCAAAUGCCUAUGAUGAAUUACGAAGUUUCAGAACAUGGUUGAAAUGGAUGUGUGUGGAUCAAUCCAACGCGUUUUCUGCUUUUCUUUCUUGGUUUGUUUUCAUACUAUUAGCUGUAAUCGUCCCUUGCCUUUCACAUUUUCUUCUGGCAAGGGACGAUAGUGAUGCUGCACACAGUCGUCCAUAUGACAACGUUGUGCAGCUAUCACUUAGCAGUGUGGCUGCUUUGUCAUUUGUUUGUCUUUCUCAGUUUGUUAAGAAAUAUGGGCUGAGAAGGUUUUUGUUCCUUGAUAAGCUUUGUGAUGAAAGUGAAACAGUUAGAAGAGGCUACACUGAACAGCUCAAUAGUUCACUAAAGAUCUUAUUCAUAUUUGUCCUGCCAUGUUUUGCUGUUGAAUGCGCGUACAAGAUUUGGUGGUACAGUUCGGGUGGUACACGAAUCCCCUUCUUGGGUAACGUCAUUGUGAGUGACACUGUCGCGUGCAUUCUAGAGCUGAGUUCUUGGCUUUACAGGACGGUCGUGUUCUUCCUAGUCUGUAUACUUUUCCGGUUGAUAUGUUACCUUCAAAUUCUCCGUCUACAAGAUUUUGCUCAGGUGUUUCACGUGGAUUCUGAUGUUGAAUCGGUGUUGAGAGAGCACCUGAGAAUUAGGAGGCACUUGAGGAUCAUUAGCCAUAGGUACCGGUCAUUCAUCUUGUGGGCAUUGAUGCUCGUUACAGCAAGCCAAUUCGCGUCCCUUCUCAUGACCACACGCUCAACUGCAGAUCUUCAUAUCUAUGAAAGUGGUGAACUCGCGCUCUGCUCUGUCAGCCUUCUUGCCGGGCUGAUGAUACUGUUGCGAAGUGCAACCAGAAUUACACACAAGGCUCAAUCCGUUACGUGCCUUGCAGCCAAGUGGCACGUAUGUGCAACGAUAGACUCAUUUGAUUCAACUGAGGCUGAUACACCAAUUACUCGAGCGACCUGUGACCACAUUUUUCCUGUAUGUUCUGAAGGAUCAUCUGAUGCUGAUGAUGUUGGAGAUGAAGAAGACGAGUUGGACAAUACGAAAUUCGUCCAUGCAUAUGCGUAUAGCACAAUUUCAUUCCAAAAAAGACAGGCAUUAGUGACAUAUUUUGAGAACAAUAGAGCAGGAGUAACAAUUUAUGGAUUCAUGCUGGAUAGAAGUUCUAUUCACACUAUAUUUGGGAUUGAAUUAUCACUAGUUCUUUGGUUACUUGGGAAAACCAUUGGCAUUUCUUGAACUAUUAUUAGCUACACGCUAUGUUGCUCGAAUUUUAUACACCUGAUGAUAUUUUUGAAGAGUCCUAGCAACAUAGUCAGUCAAAAACGGACUUUUUGACGUGUCCAAUCAUUGGAGUAUAAAGACUAGUGCUAGCCUCUGGGCUCUGAUUCAUUCUUCUUUAUUUCAUCAUUUCGUUUUGUUGUUCUAAUCAUAGGUCUAGCGAGCUAUUUAAUUAAUUGCUCAAAUUUUAUAUCAUUUAUGAUAUCAUAUAUAUUUUUUUAAUUUCUAAAUUAAAUAACUUAUCAAGAUGGAUUA